AUGGACACCAAAUCCGCCAUCAUCACCGUCGUUGGGACACACGAGCAUGGAUCCGCCUCAUUAUUGACACUCGCAGCCCGGUAUCUGUGCUGUGGAGUGUUGAUUCUCGUCACGAUACAGAUGGCAGUGUUCAUGUACCAAGCACUCAGCAGUCCGCUGCGCAGCGUCCCCGGCCCGUUCUGGGCGCGCUUCAGCCGACUGUACUACUUCAUCAAAGUUGCGCAGGGCCGGUGGGAGCACGAGAACAUCGCCCUGCAUCGACGCUACGGCCCUGUCGUGCGCGUCGCCCCAGACAUGUACAGCGUCGACGCGCCCGAGGUGGUCAAGAGUGUCUACGCGAUCAACUCCAAAUUCCCCAAGGGCGACUGGUACGAUGCGUGGAAACACCCGGAUCCGCAGCGCUUCUCGCUCUUUCCCGAGCGCGAUAUGACGAGGCACGCCGAGACGAGGAAGAAAUUCCAGGCCAUGUAUUCCAUGUCGAGUCUGGUCAACUAUGAGGGUUAUGUGGAUGAAUGUGCGGACAUCUUCCGGGAGAGGUUGACCGAGUUUGCUGCGGGUGGGGACAUUAUCAAUAUGGGAGAUUGGUUUCAGUUGUAUGCUUUUGAUGUAAUUGGAGAUAUCACCUACUCCCAACGAUUUGGGUUUCUAGAUAAAGGUGAAGAUAUUGCCGGGCUUCUAAAGGCUUUACAUGGUGUCUUAAGAUACGGAACGCUGGCAGGCAUUUUCGCUCGAUUUCAUCCCAUUUUGUUUUCGAUCAUGGCACGGCUUGGUCUCGGAGGUGCAGCAGGUCGAAAUUAUCUAAUCAACUAUGUGAAUUCGAGGAUACAGCAGAGGAAGGCAGAGAAAGCAAAAGGUAAGGAUGUUGGGAACAGGGGCGAUCAAGACGGGGCCGCACCAAUGGACUUUCUCGAAAAGUUACUGUUGGCGAAUGAGAAGGACCCAGAGAAGGUGACGCCAUACCAUGUAUUCAUGAUGGGCCAGAGUAACGUGAUUGCGGGAAGUGACACUACAGCGGUCAGCCUGAGUUCGAUCCUGUACAACCUACUUAAACAUCCGAACACGAUGGUCAAGCUUCGAGAUGAAAUCCGUCAAUUCGAGAACGAGGGUCGUUGUGGUAGCGCGAACGUGUCAUUCAAGGAAAGCCAAGAGAUGCUUUAUCUCCAGGCUAUUAUGAAAGAAGCACUCAGGAUGCAUCCAGCAACCGGACUACCUAUGUGGAGAGUGGUCACGGAAGGAGGAGUCGAGGUUUGUGGACGCUUCUUCCCGGAAGGGACAGUGGUAGGUAUCAAUACCUGGUGUGCGCACUAUAACGAGGAUGUGUUCGGUCGAGAUGCCCAUAUUUUCCGGCCCGAAAGAUGGAUUGAAGCACAGACUGAAGGAGGUGAAAACCUGAAGCGCAUGGAGGCAUAUUGGAUGCCUUUUGGACUUGGGAGUAGGACCUGUAUAGGGCGACAUAUUUCGUUCCUUGAGAUGUCAAAGCUCAUUCCACAGAUUGUCAGACAGUUUGAUUUUGAACUGGCACAUCCGGACAAGCCGUGGAAGACUGAGAACAAUUGGUUUGUGAAACCAGUUGAUUUUGAGGUCAGGGUUAGCCUUCGAAAACCCUGA